AUGCAGUACGUGCGCAACCUCAGCGACUCUGUGUCAACGGCAUGGAACUCGAUCAACCCGGCCACACUUAGCGGCGCCAUUGAUGUCAUCGUCGUCGAGCAGGAGGAUGGCUCGCUCAUGUGCUCCCCCUUUCACGUCCGCUUCGGCAAGUUCUCGCUGCUGCGCCCAUACGAGAAGAAGGUCGAGUUCAAGGUCAACGGCGCUCGCCAGGAUUAUUCCAUGAAGCUGGGCGAGGGCGGCGAGGCCUUCUUCGUCUUUGAGACCACCGACAACAUCCCCCAAAGCAUGCAGACUUCGCCCAUAUCUUCGCCCGUCAGCAGUCCCUCGCUCAGCCCCCAAGCUAGCCUAGGCCUGGGCUCGGCACAGCUUCAGGAGCCCGAGCUUCUGGCCCUCGACUCUGCCGGGGCUGGCGUCAAGUCGCGUUCGUCGAGCCACUCGCUGCGGUCGCCUCCCACGGUCAUUCCCACCAUAUUGGCCGCUUCGGCACAGCAGAGAAACGGCCUGCUCACCCCCCUCUCUGCAUCGCCCGAAACGUAUGCCGGCAACCUCAAGGCGGGCGACUGGUCGGCAUGGUCGCAGCGGGCUCAUAGCGACGACGUGCUCCCCAAGACGCUCCACCAACCCUCCGACACACAGGCAGACUCGGCCGACGGCGAUGCCACUAGCACAAGACGGUCUGAGCGGUCGCGCAGCCCGCCGCCGCUCGCGCCACCCGAGGCUCUGGAGCGCGCGCUGACCCUGUCGCGGGAGCUGUCGUCUGUGAACAUCCCCAGCCGCGUGACCGACUCGGGCGACCUCAUGCUCGACUUGACCAGCUUCAAGGGCAGCGAGGAGGACGCGCUGCGCGCCGAGAUCCUCGCGCGCCGCGUGCUCUCCAACGAGCUUCAGGGCAACUACGACGUCGGCGCCCUCUUCGGUAUGGACGAGCAGGGCAACCUGUGGAUCUACAGCAGCGAGGAGGCCAAGGAGGCGGCCAUGAAGCGCGUAAUGGAGUCGUCGAUGGGUGGCGGUGCUGGUGGUGGCAACGGCUCUUCUGGGCCCCUUGACGCCGUGUCGGACCCGGGCUACCAGAGCGACGACAGCUCUGGGUCGGUGCCAGGCAUUCCGAAGCAUCGGCGCACCGAGUCGGACGUCGGCGGCAUGGCGGACCGGAACACGCCGCCGUCGUCUCCCGGCCUCGUCUCGGCGGUCGGGGACCCGAACCGGAACUACGCCAAGACGCUGCGGCUGACUAGCGAUCAGCUCAAGGCCUUGGACCUGCAGCCGGGCGAGAACACGAUGAGCUUCACGGUCAACCGGGCGACCUGCUCGGCCUACAUGUAUCUGUGGAAGAACGACGUGCCGGUGGUGAUCUCGGACAUUGACGGCACCAUCACCAAGUCGGACGCGCUCGGCCACGUGUUGAACAUGAUCGGGCGCGAUUGGACUCACGCCGGUGUGGCCAAGCUGUACAGCGACAUCGUGGCGAACGGCUACAACAUCAUGUAUCUGACGAGUCGGUCAGUCGGCCAGGCCGACUCUACACGGACAUAUCUGCACGGCAUUUUGCAGGGGGGCUACCGCCUGCCACGUGGGCCGACGAUCCUGUCGCCCGACCGAACGAUGGCGGCGCUGCGCCGUGAGAUCUACCUGCGCAAGCCAGAGGUGUUCAAGAUGGCGACGCUGCGGGAUAUCCGAAACCUGUAUGGCAGCAACUCGCACCCGUUCUAUGCCGGCUUUGGCAACCGGCUCACGGACCAGAUCUCAUACCGCACGGUGGACGUGCCGCGCAAUCGAAUCUUCACGAUCAAUGCGAAUGCCGAGGUGUCGCUCGAUCUGUUGAGCCUGAACCAGCUGAAGCUCACGUACGUCAACAUCACGGAGGUGGUGGACCACUACUUCCCGCCCGUCAGCACGCUGGUCAAGGGCGGAGGCGAAGACUACACGGACUUCCGCUACUGGCGCGAUGCGCCGCUGGAGCUGGACGACUUCUCUGCCAGCGAAUCGGGCGACGACGAUAUUCGCGGUCGGCGAACCACUGCCACCCACAGCCACAGUCGUUAUGAAGUGGAGGAGGAGGAGGAGGAGGACGAAGAGAUGGACGAGGAGGACGACCUAGAUGACGAAGAAGCCGGAGAAGGGAUGGGCGAUAGCUACAUCUCUCGAAACUCGAUGGAUGAGUACGGUGAGGGCAGCAUCCUCAGCGGCGAGUACGACAACGACGGACACAUGAUGGACUCAAUGAUUGCGGAAGAGCAUGACGAGGAGGUGAACUUAGCCGACAGUACACCGGCCAAUGGCAGAGUAUCCGAGGCAUCCCAGGUGUCUGAGGCGACCACAACGACGGAGGAUGUGGGCGCCGAGCUGAUCACAGGCAUCGAGAAGCUGUCAGUCGAGGUAGUGCCGGCGAAGGAAGACGAGAGUGCAGGGGCGAUGUAG